GAAUGCGAAUCCCGGCGGUCUCCUAGCAACGCGAGGGGGGCGGGCGGUCGAGUGAGACAACCACCUGACUGCGGUGGAAGACGACGCUGUGGCUGGAUCUGUGGCAACCACGUCUGCCUGACCGGGGACCGGAGCCGGACAGUCACCGUCAGAAUGUCGGGCAAAGACCGAAUCGAAAUCUUUCCCUCGCGAAUGGCACAGACCAUCAUGAAGGCUCGAUUGAAAGGAGCACAGACAGGUCGAAACCUCCUGAAGAAGAAAUCUGAUGCCCUAACUCUUCGAUUUCGACAGAUCCUAAAGAAGAUCAUAGAGACUAAAAUGUUGAUGGGUGAAGUGAUGAGAGAAGCUGCCUUUUCACUUGCUGAGGCCAAGUUCACAGCAGGGGACUUCAGCACAACAGUUAUCCAAAAUGUGAAUAAAGCUCAAGUGAAGAUUCGAGCAAAGAAAGAUAAUGUAGCAGGUGUUACCUUGCCAAUAUUUGAACAUUACCAUGAAGGAACCGACAGUUAUGAACUGACUGGUUUAGCCAGAGGUGGGGAACAACUGGCUAAAUUAAAGAGGAACUAUGCCAAAGCAGUGGAACUACUGGUGGAACUCGCCUCACUGCAGACUUCCUUUGUUACUUUGGAUGAAGCUAUUAAGAUAACCAACAGGCGUGUAAAUGCCAUUGAACAUGUCAUCAUUCCCAGGAUUGAACGUACCCUUGCUUAUAUCAUCGCAGAGCUGGAUGAGAGAGAGCGAGAAGAGUUCUAUAGGUUAAAGAAAAUACAGGAGAAGAAAAAGAUUCUCAAGGAAAAAACUGAGAGGGAACUAGAGAAACGGAAGAUAGCUGGAGAGGUGACAGAGCCUGCCAAUCUUCUGGCUGAAGAGAAGGAUGAGGAUCUUCUGUUUGAGUAACCUUGCCUGCUCUGGUUCUUUCAGUCCUGACGUGACACCAUUUUAGUUCAGUGUGUAGGUUUGGUUCGUGUGGUGGUGUAUUUUUUGGUCUAAUUUCACUGGUUGUAAAACUUCCCUGUAUGUCCACUUACGGGAUUACUUUUGCAGAAUCUGAAUUUACCAACCAUUGAUCACAGAUGAGAUUUGGAGAACCUGCCUAAGAACUUGUACAAUUUAUUCCACAGAAGUGUCACCCUACCCCAGUUAUAAAUGGUUCCAAGUGAUCGGCUUACCAAGCAUAUUAGGAAAUCCCCCGUGGGAACCAGCAGUGGUCUGAGGCCAUACGAGGAGGCCAGCUACUGUCGGAGCACCCUCCCUUCCUACCCACCCACACCUCUGGCGCUGUUGUCGGAGAUAGCUGCGGCCGUCUGGCACUUCCCCAGCUUUAGGAAAGCCUCCCCUUAAUUUACCUUGCAUGACAUGUCUCUCUUUGUUCUCUUUGUCAUGGAACAGUUGUGCCAAUUUGCAUGUGACUGUGAUAUAAACAGUAAAAUGAUUAAUUUGAGUUGCUCAUUUUUAAAAAAAUUAAGGAAACAAAACUUAAUACCUGUGCCGAUAGGGAGCAUUCCCCUCUGGUGAAGAAUAAGUUAAAAGAUGUGUGUUUCACCCAGAGGUUCCAAUGGACUGACUGCUGGCACAAACGUGAAGACAGCAUGGUCGUUAGAUAUGCUGAAACCUUGAAUAGCAGAGGAUAUAAAUAAAGCAA